GGUUCAGCCUCCCUCCUCCGCCUCCUCCGCCUCCGCCUCCUCCUCCUCACAGCAUCAGCCGGAGGCCGGGACUCCCACCGAAAACGCAGCCGCUCGCGACAAUUUGAUGCCUCAUAGCUGAGAGCCGGAGCAGGGAGGGCGCGAGCGGGCAGCAGCGGCGGCGGCGGCGGCGGCGGCGGCGGCGGCGGCAGCAGCUAUGGCGGCGUCGCUUCUCUCCGAGACCGACAUCAGGCACCGGUCCAUGGCGGAGGAGGAUCCGAACGGGAACGAGCACGGGGCGGCUGCACGCAGCGCGGCGCCUCGCUGGGGACCGCAGCACGCCGGGGCCCGGCAGCUGGCGCGGCUCUACUCUCCAGGAAAACGGCUCCAGGAGUGGGUGUGUGUGUUUCUGUGCCUCUUCCUUUUCAUCAUCAACUUCUCCUUCCUCCUCCUCCAUUUCUCCACCGUUCACAUCUACAAGAUCAUCCUCGGCAUCGUUCUAGGAAUAGUGACGGCCGAUUUUGCAUCAGGGAUGGUGCACUGGGGGGCAGACACCUGGGGAUCUGUGGAUAUCCCUGUGAUUGGCAAGGCAUUUAUUCGACCGUUCAGGGAGCACCACAUCGACCCAACCGCCAUCACUCGCCACGACUUCAUCGAAACCAACGGUGACAACUGUAUGAUCCCCAUCCUGCCACUGGCUCACAUGGCCUACAAGUUCCUCACAUACACACCAGAGGCCUUGGCGGCGUGCUACCCCUGGGACUGCUACGUCUUUGCUCUGGCGGUUUUCGUGACGCUGACCAAUCAGAUUCACAAGUGGAGCCACUCCUACUUCGGCCUCCCGCGCUGGGUCACGCUGCUCCAGGACUGGCAUUUAGUGUUGCCACGGAAACACCACCGCAUCCACCAUGUCUCGCCACACGAGACGUACUACUGCAUUACUACAGGCUGGUGUAACUACCCUCUGGACCAGCUGGGCUUCUGGAGGCGGAUGGAGCGAUUGAUUGAACAUGUGACGGGGCAGAAACCUCGAUCGGACGACCUGGCAUGGGCCAAGAAGACCGACUGAAGAAGAGGAAGAACGGAGAUGGGCAUGCGGAUAGAAAUGCACACAAAAUGGACACGGAGGAAGGGUUCCACGCAUAGCAUUUUACUAAUGUCUCUGUGCUUCUUGCUUUUUCCACUGAAGAGCAAACAUUCAAAGAAACUGUGUUUGCAAAAAAAAAAAGAAAAAAGAAAAGAAAACCCCACGAGGAUGGUUGGAGGAGGGAUUCCUGUAUGUGCUCGAGUCGCUAUUUUAACCAGCUUUGAACGUGGGAAGUGCAAACAUGACGACAUGAAAACACUCGGCCGUUACACCCGGUCAGCUUG